UUACCAUUGCAACACACAUGUCCUGUCAAGCCUUUUUUUUUAAUACUGAGUGCAGCUGCAGGCUUGCCAGGGAUUGCCACUGCUGGUCUGUUCCCUGGAUGAGCGCAAUACCUGUCAUGAGGCAACAGCAUGAUGUUGCAAUUCCUCGGCGCAGGCUGGAGGGAGUUCUUGCUGGAGCUGUUUGCGAGUCAGCACUGAAGCCUGCUAUCAUUUACGUGGCUUUCCUGUGUCUUCAUUCCUUGUUUCAUUUUAAUCCAGUCUGCAAUAUGUUCCUUUCCAAUGCUUGAAGCAAGCUGCUGGGCUGCCUCUAAGUACACCACUGCUAAAUCCACUGUUGAUUAAAAUCCACAAGUCAUUAACUUGUCCUAAACUUUGCUGGUCUUGACUUUUUUUUAAGGGGGGGAAUGAUGAUGAUCUGUUCCUUGUCCAGCCGGGCACAGGGCUUUUCCUCUGUCUUGCCUGCUCUGUACUGCAAGCAGUGGUGAAGCUGGCUUUGAGCAGCUGGGCCAGGGCUGUAGGAUGAGGUCGGGCUGGUUCUGACCUCCUGGGAAUACCUGCCUGGCUCCCGUCCCUCCCUCCCCUUGCAUGCUGGUGAUGAUUUUAUAAUCAAGGCAUAAGGAGAGGGGUGUGGUAAUUGCCCUGCGUAGGUGUCUGUUCUCACUACUUCUCCCAGCUGAUCCAAGAUUCCUCAGUCUGGGAGAAGCACGGGGAGGAACCGGCCACAGGACUAACUCGGGGACAGCAUGGAGAGCAGAUGGAGGGGCUGGGUGCUGGUCCUGGCCGUGUGCCUGGGCUCCUAUCGAGCCGGGGCCAGCCCCCUCCCCGAGUGCGGCGAGCGGCCGGAGGAGUGGUGCCGUGAUGUGGGGACGGCGGCCAAGUGCGGGGUGCUGGAGCUGUGCCGGCUCGCCGUCUGGGACCGAGACCUGGGGAAAGGGAUCCCGUGCCACCUGUGCCAGGUGGUGGUCUCCACGGUGGGGAAGAUCCUGCAGGACAACCGCACCGAGGAAAAGCUGAGGCUCUUUUUGGAUAAGAAAUGCCAGUACCUGCCCUUCCAGGACUGGUCGGUCAAGUGCAAGAAGAUGGUGGACACCGGCAUCCUCAUCCUGGUGCAGCUGGGCAAGCAAGUGCUGUCGGACCCGAAGGUGGUGUGCGGCACCAUCAAGCUGUGCCAGCCCCGGGGCAGCCCCGAGGGGGCCCUGAAGUUUCAGGAGCCGCCGCCAGCCCCCGCGCAGGACUUUGCCCAGCUCUCCAUACCCCUCAUCUCCGGCGUCCCGCUCCUGCUCCAGCCCCAGGACGCUCCUCGUGCCCAGGAGCCGGGGGACCUGUGUGGGGACUGCGCCCGGCUGGUGGCAGCGGUGCAGGUGGAGCUGGGCGCCUUCGCCCGCUCCCUGGCGUCCCGUGCCGAGAAGGAGUGCGAGGGCCUGGCACCUGUCCUGGCACAGCGGUGCAAGCGCUACCUGGCCGAGUACGCGGACACGGCUGCCUGGCUGCUCCGGCACCUGCAGGCUGAGGACCCGCGGGAGCUCUGCAGCCUGCUGGGGCUCUGCCCCUCCUUGGCGUCCUCCUUGGCACUCUCAUCAUCGGGAUCCACGCACGCACUGCUCUCCGAGAAGCUGGCCCAGCUCCUCAGCACGCUGCUCCCCGACGGGGAGGCCACGCCGCUGUGCGAGAUGUGCGAGUUCGCCGUCAGGGCGGCCGAGAGCCUCCUGGAGAACAACAUGACGGAGGAGCAGCUGGUGAACGACAUCGAGAAGGUGUGCUACAUGCUGCCCCACGGCGUCAUCGGGCAGUGCAAGGACUUCGUGGACUCCUACGGCAAGGCGGUGGUCAUCAUGCUGCUGGAGGCCACCGACCCGCGGGCCGUCUGCACCAUGCUGCGCCUCUGCCCGCGCUGGGGGGCUGCCCGCGGGGUGGCCGCCGCCCUCGAGCCGGCCACGGGCUCCUUCUGCAACGUCUGCCAGAUCCUCAUCACCUACUUCGAUAACGAGCUGCUGAAGAACGAGACGCUGGCGGAGCUGGGCGACGUGCUGGAGAAGGGCUGCGAGCUGCUGCCCGCGCCCCUCACCGGCAAGUGCGAGGCGCUGGUGGUGCAGUACGAGCCGGCGGCCGUGCGGCUCCUGGUGCAGAUGAUGGACCCCGACUUUGUCUGCACCAAAAUCAGAGCUUGCGACUCGCCCCUGGGUUCAGAGCCCUGCGCCUGGGGACCGGGAUACUGGUGUGCCAGCAUGGCCACUGCCAUCGAGUGCGAUGCCGUCGAGCACUGCAGGCGUCAUAUAUGGAACUAGGAGCCACCUCUCCAGCCGGGCUCGCUGCGGUUUGGGUUCGGCACCCAACCUACCCUGGACCCUCCCCCUCGGGAUGUGCCCACAGCCGCAGGGGAUGGGGCGUCUCCGGGGUGCCCCAGCCCCCUCUGCCUUCUCCUCUUCCACCCCGGGGCUUGGAUUUUCAAAUCAGGUUAAGGGAUUUCGUCUUGGUUUUAGGACUGGGAAUUCAGCGGGGAGGUCUCUUAGGCUCAUUUCAAAAUCCCUCCACCCCACCGUCCCCUCUCUCCUGUGACCCAUGGGGUAAAAACUGGGCUUAGCCCCAUCCAGAUCCCACCCAGAACCAAGGCCGAAGCCCAGGUCAGCCAAAACCAGAGCUGUGAUGGUUUCUGCUGCCAAAAUGCUGGUGCUGAGAGCCUAGGCACCCGCACUCCCCGGGUCCCAUUUGAUUUUUGGCAAGCCCAGCCCUUUGCUGGGCUCCUCAAACUGGGUCUGCUUGGGAUUUUAUUUUAUUUUUUCCCCUGGUCACCAGUUAAAGAAACAAAGCGGAACAGAUUUGCCUGCAGUGCCUGGCUUUGCAUGACUUCUGCGUGAUGAAUUUGUGCAGGGGGAAGGAGAAGAGAGAGGCCGAGUUAAAUUAGGAACAUAUACAUAACAGAUAUGCAUAUAUAUAUAUAUAUAAGGGUGUGUAUAUAUAUAUAUAUAUGCAUAUACACACAAAAAUGAGACACGUCUGCUCUGCCGGGACCAGCAGGAGCACCGCAGCCCGCAGAAGGGUGCAAAGCCAGGACUGCAGGGCUGGGAUUUGGGGUUUCCUCGCUCCAGGACACGCGAGGCGGUGUCCCCAGCUGGGGCUGCUCGCCGUGGGAUGCCGCGCAGGAUCACCUCCCCUCCACGGACACAGCGCCGCAGCCAGCUGGAUAUUAUAUAGAUAGAUAUUUUAAGCAUCCCCUGAACAAAUGAGUGAGUUUGGGGGGUUUCCUUCCCAGCAAAAAACCCCUGAAGGGGAUCCUGGUGCCGAAACCGUGGCAGCGAGGGGCGGCGGGAUGCUGGCUCGUCCCCACCCCGCCGCGGGAAGGGGACGCCCGCGGUGCCCGGUGCCGAGCGUGGCCACGAGCAUUGCACCACAAAUAAACCCUUCCCGUCAGCCCGGCUCUCGUCUCCCUCCUCCUUGUUCCCGGGGCGAUGCCCCUUAAGGGGGGUUUAAUGGUUCUCCCCCCAAACUGGGCUGCUGCGGCGUGGGAUGCGAGAACGGCUGGAGAGAGAUGAAUUAAUGGAAGAAAAAAAAAAGAAAAAAAAAAGGGAUUUCUUUUUAAAAGGCGGCUUGGCCGUGAGAUGCCUAAUCUCGUGUUUAAUCUGUUUAGUCUGUGUUUGCUGCCGGAGGCACGGCCAGGGAGGAAGGACGACAGACAGUUUAACCAAAGCCAUAGAGAGUGUAUUUCUGAUUCCCGCGACAGACCAUUCCCAAAACUCUCCACAAGGUUACGGUGGGAAGCAAACCCCAAACGAACAAACCCGAAAGCAAGAGAGAAGGGGAAGGGGAAGGAAGGAUACACACGAACACUCGACAGCCAGAAGCCCCCCCCGCUAUUGUCAGUCUCUCUCUCUUUUUCCACGUCGUAACACAUUUUGGUAAAGCCAGCAAAAAUGGA